CCCCGGCCCCGCUUCCCGCACUCCGCUUCCCAGGCUGGCUGGGCUCCGGGGCGCACGGCGCCGUCACCCCCGAGGUGUCCGUCCUCCGUCCGUCCCUCCUGGGGCCGGCGCUGACCAUGCCCCACGGUUGCCGCUGCCUCCAGCUCGUGUCUCUACUCUGGAUCCUGGGGGCAUCCGGACAGCCCACCCCUGCCAAUGAUUGUAGUUCCCAUUGUGAUCUGGCCCACGGCUGCUGUGAGCCAGACGGCACUUGCAGAUGUGACCCUGGCUGGGAGGGACUACACUGUGAGCGCUGUGUCAGGAUGCCUGGUUGCCAACAUGGCACUUGUCACCAACCCUGGCAGUGUAUCUGCCAUAAUGGCUGGGCUGGCAAAUUCUGUGACAAAGAUGAGCACAUCUGCACCAAGCAGCCGCCCUGCCAGAACGGAGGGAAGUGUGUGUAUGAGGGGGAUGGGGAGUACCACUGCGUGUGCCCACCAGGUUUUCACGGGCAUAACUGUGAGCGCAAGACUGGGCCCUGUGAGCAUGCUGGGUCCCCUUGCCGGAAUGGUGGGCAAUGCCAAGAUGAUCAAGGCUUUGCGAAGAACUUCACAUGCCGCUGCUUGGCAGGCUUUGUGGGGCCACGCUGUGAAGUCAACGUGGAUGACUGCCUAAUGAGGCCGUGUGCCAAUGGUGCCACCUGUCAUGAUGGCAUCAACCGCUUCUCCUGCCACUGUCCUGAAGGCUUUGCUGGCCGCUUCUGUACUAUCAACCUGGAUGACUGUGCCAGCCGCCCAUGCCAGCAUGGUGCCCGCUGCCGGGACCGUGUCCAUGACUUCGAUUGCCUCUGCCCUGAUGGCUAUGGGGGCAAGACAUGUGAGAUUGCCCUCCCAGCCCUGGACCUCCCUACGGAGCCAGAGAGUGCUGCUGGAUCCACUCCUGCAGCUGUGGUUCCUUUCACGGUACCAGCCCCCUUCAGCGUGGGGGCAGGGCUGCUGCGGAUCUCAGUGAAGGAGGUAGUAAGGCGACAGGAGGCAGGCCUAGGGGAGUCAAGCCUGCUUGUGUUAGUGAUAUUUGGGGUCCUCACUGCCACCCUGGUCCUUACCACAGGGCUGCUGAUCUUUUGGGCAUGGUGCCAUGGCCACUGCCCUGCUGGGCUCUGCUGCUACCCUUUUCGCCAAUAUGCCAUACCCCCCGAGCAGCAUGACCAGGAGUGCCAGGUCAGCAUGCUCCCUGCCGGAAUCUCCCCUCCACCUGGCUCCCCACCUGAGCCUGGCAAGACCACAGCACUGUGAUGGGAGUUGGAGGGGGGCAGAAGGGGGCCCCCUCUCCAUCUCCUUCCUCCUCACACCU